UGGCUGUAGCACAGUUGCCAUUGGCUGGGAAAGUAGGUUAGUGGUCCGACAGGCAUGACGGUGAAGAGAAACUGGGUCACCAUUGAAAAUCGUUUAUGUCACACUUUUGACUUCCAUAAUACCCAACCUAGCCGCCUUCAAUGGACAGCCACAUCGCAGCGGAACAAAUAGUUACACAAGCUGCACUCGUUACUACCUAAGGACCAGACCAGAUCGGGAAACCCAUAAGGCGGAUGAGUCUUGGUGGGACUGCACCAAAGGAGACAGAGACCACAUCGGAUCGAGGCUAACCGUACUGCGACAGAUAUUCCAAAGUCCAAUUAAGAAGGCUUGUUGCUGUCUCUUAUCCAGUGGAGGGCUGAAGAGUGGAUGGAAGGAGAUGAUUUUAACACAGAGGCUGUGAUGAACAUCUGUGAUGACCUGAUGGCAGACCAAAGGAUGGACAUCUCCUCUACAAUGACCGACUUCAUGUCCCCCAGCUCCACGGACCUCAUCUCCAGUUCUAUCAGCACUACCGGCAUGGACUACACUCGCAAGAGAAAGGGCAGCACCACAGAAUACCAAAUCGAUGGCUUCUCCUUUGACGAUAUGGACCCAGACAAGGACAAACUGGGAAGCGACCAACCAGGCCGGAUCAAGAAUGCCAGAGAGGCUCACAGCCAGAUCGAGAAGCGCCGGCGAGACAAGAUGAACAGCUUUAUCGAUGAGCUGGCGUCCCUGGUGCCCACGUGCAACGCCAUGUCCCGUAAGCUGGACAAGCUGACGGUUCUGCGCAUGGCCGUCCAGCACAUGAAGACACUCAGAGGAGCAGCGAACCCGUACACGGAGGCCAACUACAAGCCUUCCUUCCUCUCCGAUGAUGAGCUGAAACAUUUGAUACUUAGGGCUGCGGACGGCUUCCUAUUUGUGGUCGGCUGCGAUCGUGGAAAGAUUCUCUUUGUUUCGGAAUCGGUGUACAAGAUUCUUAACUACAGUCAGAAUGACCUCAUCGGUCAGAGUCUCUUUGACUACCUUCAUCCCAAGGACAUUGCCAAGGUCAAAGAGCAGCUGUCUUCUUCCGAUACGGCCCCUCGCGAGAGGCUCAUUGAUGCCAAAACUGGUCUUCCGGUGAAGACGGACAUCACGCCGGGUCCAUCUCGACUUUGUUCCGGAGCCAGACGCUCAUUUUUCUGCAGGAUGAAGUGCAACAGGCCCUCCGUCAAGGUGGAGGAUAAAGACUUUCCUUCUACCUGUUCCAAGAAGAAAGCAGAUCGCAAGAGCUUCUGCACCAUCCACAGCACAGGCUACCUAAAAAGCUGGCCCCCCACCAAGAUGGGUCUGGACGAAGACAACGAGCCGGAUAAUGAGGGCUGCAACCUGAGCUGCCUGGUCGCCAUCGGGCGGCUGCACCCGCACAUCGUCCCCCAGCCCAGCCUGGCGGACAUCAGGGUGAAGGCCACCGAGUACGUCUCCCGCCACGCCAUCGAUGGCAAGUUUGUCUUUGUUGACCAGAGGGCGACGGCCAUCUUGGCCUACCUACCCCAGGAGCUGCUGGGAACGUCCUUCUAUGAAUAUUUCCAUCAGGAUGACAUCGGACAUCUAGCUGAGUGCCACAGACAAGUGUUGCAGAUGAGAGAGAAGAUCAACACCAACUGUUACAAGUUCAAGAUCAAAGAUGGCUCCUUCAUCACGCUGAGGAGCCGAUGGUUCAGCUUCAUGAACCCCUGGACCAAGGAGGUGGAGUACAUCGUGUCCACCAACACCGUGGUGUCGUGUCCCAUGAUGGAAGGAUCCGACUACACUCAAUCCGCCGCCUCGCCACAGAGUAUGGACAGCGUUCUCCCCUCAGAAGUAGGCGGAGGAAGGCGAGCCCUGCAGACCGUGCCCGGCAUUCCCGGCGGAACAAGAGCAGGGGCUGGGAAGAUUGGAAGGAUGAUCGCCGAGGAAGUUAUGGAGAUUCAAAGGAUCCGAGGCUCCUCCCCCUCCAGCUGUGGUUCCAGCCCCUUAAACAUCACCAGCACACCCCCACCUGACACCUGCUCUCCAGGGGGGAAGAAGAUCCACAAUGGAGGAACACCUGAGCUGGCCAGCACUGGCAUCCUUCCCGGACCCGACUCUGUGGGCUACCCGUACUCCAACCAGUCCAUCAUGAGUGACAACUCCCACCUGAGCAUCGACAUCAUGGAUGAACCCGGUUCCAGCAGCCCCAGCAACGACGAGGCGGCCAUGGCGGUCAUCAUGUCCCUUCUGGAGGCGGACGCCGGCUUAGGAGGCCCCGUGGACUUCAGCGACCUUCCCUGGCCUUUGUGAGGACCACGAGGGAACGUGGAGAUGGAGCGUUUGAGGACCUUCAAUGUCAGUAGUCGGGAACGCUUUGUGAAGACUCUUUCCUCCAGCAAAUUCCACUGGUCAGUCGGAAAGGAAAAACGUCCUCCUGGGAACGCCGCAGCUUCUUUUUGUUUGGGUGGCGACAAAAAACGGAAGCCGUCCUGAAGGUUUUUGGUGGUCCUCAGCAAAACCGUGGACCUCACCUCUUCCGUCUCAAGGCCGACUCCCACUUUACACAGUACGACAUCAGCACUUGAACACAUCACGCGUCAGUUUUAAAGUAAAACGUGAUUUUAAUGAGUCCAAAUUCAAGACGCCCCCCUCCCCCUCCAACCCCCGAUGGGCGGCAGUGGUGAGGUCCACCAUCUUUGGUUUUUAUUUCACCGUCUCUUCAUGCUCCGACACCGUGUCUAUAUAUAUAAUGUAUCAAAUCUUGGAAUAUGAAUAUGGUAAGAGUCUACUUUAUGCAAAUAUAUGAGUAUGAGUGUAUUGUAUGUACCAACAGUCAAAUAUUUUUUAAAAUAAAAAUGCUUUCUUUCUG